AUGAAUAGGGAUAAGAAAGUGCAUUUGGUGGAAGAUAUACGUGGGCGAAACAACGAGAAAAAGGUGAAAAUUGAGCAAGAAGCCCCAACAGAAUACGAUGGCUACAAAAUCCUGGAAAAUGACACUGCGAUCGAUGUGCUGGAAGUACCAAAGACCUUAGACGAAAUAGAAAGUUUUUUUGAAGACUAUGUGGCAGCACGGAAGCCUUGUAAGAUAAGGGGAAUUUCACCGGAGCAGUUCCCUUUGAAAGAACUGCAACCGAAUGUCAUGAAAGGCACUUUACCGAGUGAGGAGAUCUUGACCAUUGAAAAAAAGAGCGACGGAGGAUAUGGGAGUGGAUCAAAACGCAUCAAGAUGUCCUUUGGUCAGUUUAUGGGGAGAAUACUCGAUCAACAUGACACAGAUUUGUAUUUAACGACGCAGUAUUACGAAGACGACCCUAACAAUAGCGAUUACUCGACCGACGAAGAGGAAGCGAGUCAUGUUUUGGAUGAUGUUGACAAUUUUGAUAACAGCUCCCUUACGUUUGACGACUUACAUGACGAUUUUGAUGACCUAGAAGAGAAUGGGGAGAAUGAGGGGCACGAAAUUGAUUCAAACGAAGACGGCAAGAAAAACGAUGAGGACGAGGAGGAGCUAGAAUCUCGUUUACGCGAGCUCUAUCAGCCGCCAAUGACUAAUCUCGUCAGGACCUUACCAGAGUGCCCUGGCUUCUUGAGAUACUUGAUACCACAACAAAUAAACCUCUGGGUGGGUGCUGUGCGAAACGCUGCUGAUGACACAGGGUGGUUAAAAAAUUUCGAUGUAGAGCAUAGUGGCGGAAAACUAGGGCUAGGGAGAAACGUUCCCGGAGGGGGCUCCUCAUCGGGACUUCAUCACGAUCACGCCGAUAACAUUUACAUCCCCGUCAAUGGCCACAAGAGAUUUACAUUAUUUUCACCACAUGACGCCGCUAAGAUGUACACAGUCGGUGAUAUUCGAAAGGUUCAUAGUUCUGGAGUUAUUGACUAUCAUGCAAAUGAUCGCGCACCCUUAUGGCGAGAAUUGAGAGAUGAUGGGGCCAUUGUUGCAGAAGUUUACAAAAAAAUCCUCGGUGGCGAAUCUGAGUGCUCCCCAGAAGAAAGACUGCUAUACGAGGAAUUCAUCAAAAAAGAUUCUGAGCAACAAGCUAGAAAAGCAAAUAAAACGCUUGAUCCACCUUCCUUCUCUACAGUACCAACUGCCGUUGUUCAAAUUGAUGAAAUUGAAGAUGAAAAUACAAGAGAAAAUAUCAGGAAUGCGAGUAUGAAAAAGUGGCCACUAUUUUUUCAAGCUAAUAGACUUACCGUAGAUGUCAAACCCGGAGAGAUGCUCUUUUUACCAACAGGUUGGUUUCACGAGGUCACAUCUUUUGGGAAUCAAAGCGAUCACGACAUUGUGAAUGUUGCUGCCAAUUAUUGGUUUAUACCGCCAAAUGGCAGAUCGAUCAACAAUGUUUAUUCUCAUACAGACAAUUACUGGCCUGACGACUAUAAGAUUACACAAAGUGCGUUGGCCAAAGCUCGAAGCACUAAUAAUCUGCCUGAAUUGGCACAUGAUUAA